AUGGCAACCAACGGGAACUCCAACGGCAGCACGUCGAGGACGCCUCUUCGCCAUGGUAUCUACGCGCCGACGAUGACCUUCUUCAACCAGGAGACCGAGGAUGUGGAUGUCGCUACCGUCAAGAAGCAUGCCGUGCGCCUGGCAGAGGCUGGACUUGUCGGUCUUGUCACCAUGGGCUCGAAUGGCGAGGCAGUCCAUAUGUCUCGAGAGGAGAAAACGCUCGUGACACGGGCUACUCGCGAGGCACUAAACGAGGCUGGCUUUCACAAUGUCCCUGUCAUCGCUGGCUGCUCCGAGUCCAGCGUGAGAUUGACGGUCGAGCUGUGUAAAGAGGCGGCUGCUGCUGGCGCCGAAUAUUGUCUUCUCUUGCCUCCUUCGUACUACCGCGCGCUGGUCAACGAAGCUAUGUUGUUUGACUACUUCACGAACGUUGCAUCGCAAAGCCCGCUACCUAUCAUCCUCUACAACUACCCAGGCGCAGUCUCAGGUGUAGACAUGGACUCCGACUUCAUGAUUCGUCUCGUCGAAGCUACCAAUGGCAAAGUCUGCGGAGCAAAGUUCACUUGCGGCUCGACUGGCAAGCUUCACAGAGUGGCUACUGCAACUAAGGCCUGCUCGGUGAAGGGCGAGGGAAGUGGCUGGAUGGCUUUCGGUGGUAUUGCCGACUUUACUAUCCAGACUGCUGUUUCGGAGGGAUCAGGCAUGAUCGUGGGAACAGCCAACGUUGCACCAAAGCUGUGUGUGAAAGUCUGGAACCUCUGGGCUUCCGGACAGUACGACAAGGCUCAAGAGCUGCAAAAGGUGCUGGGCCGAUGUGACUGGGUUCUCACAAAGUCGUCGAUUGCGGGCACGAAGGCGGCGAUCGAGAUGGAGUUUGGCUAUGGUGGAUACCCACGACGUCCGCUGCAGAGGAUCAGCGAAGAUGAUAAGAAGAAGAUCAAGGAGGGUAUUGCUGAGGCUAUGAAGUUGGAGCAAGGUUUGUAG